UUGUUUGGAUCUUUCUAAUUCUUUUCGUACCAAUUUGUAAUUCCACGUGUCAUUCGUAGUGGCUUUAAGGUAUUGAAAAAUGGUUGAGUAUUUUAGACGUUCAGCAGUGGCCCUGCUUAAUGAAGAAUGCUAUCAAGAAUUUUUUGAGAAGUUCAAUUUUUUUCACGUACCAUGCCUAAAACUUGCUCUGAGCAAAUGUUUGGGAUAUGCCAUUAUUGCUGGAUCUGUGAUGGUCAAGGUUCCUCAGAUCCUGAAGAUAACGCGGGCCAAGAGCGCGGAAGGUCUGAGCAUCUUCAGCAUCCUGCUGGACCUGUUCGCCAUCACUUCCAGCGCGGCCUACCAGUUCAACAUGGGCUUCCCUUUCAGCGCGUGGGGCGAGGGGCUGUUCCUGAUCCUGCAGACGGCGGCCAUCGCGGCGCUCACCCUGUACCACGGGCCGACGCCGCACCGCGCCGCCCUCUUCCUCGCGGCCUACGUGGCCGUCACAGGCCUGCUCAUGGGCGGCGCGGCUCCCGUCGCGCUGCUCUGGGCCAUGCAGGUGCUCAACGUGCCCGUCGUCAUCGCCGGCAAGAGCCUGCAGGCGCUGGCCAACUACCGCAACGGCGGGACGGGCCAGCUGUCCGCGGCCACCGGCUUCCUGCUGCUGGCCGGCUCGCUGGCGCGCAUCUUCACGUCGGUGCAGGAGACGGGCGACGCCACCGUCGUGCUCACCUACGUCGCGGCGUCGGCCGUCAACGCCCUGAUCGCCGCGCAGAUCGUCUACUACUGGCGGGGUCCUACCUCCUCGCGCGGCGACAAGCGCCAGUGACGGUUCCCUCGCGCGGAGCGAUGCAGUCCACUUCACUGGGCGUGUGCCGCAGUGUCAAGCGAUCACGGUAGAUUCUCGGACCGUUUCAACGAAGAGUGACACCUCAAAAAAACUUCGUAAUUUAAAAUAACUGUUUUAUGAAUGCCGGCUUCCGAGCUUCGUGAUCGAUUGUAUCUAGGUAAAAACGCGUUUUCUUUCUUUAGACUCAAAAAAAAAUGUUUUUUUUUUACCCCCUUCAAUUUUUGAUUAAUCUACCAAGAUUAUUCUUGCGGAUUAACAUUUAGACUAAGUAGGCUACUCGUAAAUUUUGGAAGAUCCCUGGAUAAUAUGUGAGCAUUGUUCGUAAAUUUACGGUGAAAAUUUUUUAACAGUGUGUAAACACAAGUUCAGAAAACUUAAUGAGAUUCGAGAACUCGAGCAUACAAUGUUUGAAUUAAGGGGCCACUCUAGUCGGGGGAGUAUCUGUUAAGUGAGGCGGGAUGAUAAGCGCGGAUGCUCGCUGGUGCUUCUAGCGCUGUAUCGCCUCUAAGCGCAAGGCUUGGAACUGGCGCGCAGUCUUCUCGUUGUGCACAAGACUACUAUGAAAUUUGAGUUGUGACUUGUUACAUUAUUUGGCGGAGAAAUUAAUAUAAAUGUGUAUUGCAAGUCCCUUAAAGUGAUUUCAAUAAUCUGCACAGGUUGUUUUGUGCCGAAAAAUUACUCUUAAAACACGCUAUUUAGCCAUUUUAACGUUUCUAAAAAUACUGUUGAAAAACUUCAUCCGGAAACAAAGUAGUUUUCAAAUCACGUUUUUUUCUCCCUGAAGCUCUGCACAAAGCAUGUGUGUCCAGGUAGGCGGGGCCCUUAACAAGUGUUAAUCUCAGCAUAAAUUUAAACUCUGUUUCAUGUUUUAGUUUUUUUAUAUCAAUUUGUUUUAGACCUAUGUAACUUAUAUAGUUAAAAAGAGUUUGUCUGGGCAUUUGACUAAAUCUUACAAGCAUAUACACACACGUGCGCACACACAUACAUACACACACACACACACACACAGACACACAGAGAUUCACACAUACGCAGUGUACAAACGAAUGUAUCGUUGAGGCAAUCCAGACAUUUCUUUCUGCGUGCCUUUUUUCUUCUUUGUAACUUCAUAGAACCUCCCUUUCCCCCCCACGAACUCUGUUGCUUAUAAAUUUCUCUUGAACUGUGGUAUGAAACUGCACGAAUGUGAAAUUCUUAUGUUUGGCGCGCUGGUGUAGGGUCUACGAAUUUUUAAUUAGAAUUUAAGGAAAACAGAUUUGUUGACCAAAGCAUGAUUUCCAUAAGACUGUAAAAAUCUGCCAGGGGAAAAGUUCAGUGAGUUUAUUUUAAAUCCCUCUCCGAAAAUGAAAAUUCUAUAAAAUUAUGUGUGCCAACUGUACAAAUACAAAAUCAUGUAUGUAUUUUCCUAAGAGCAAAUUUAACAAACACGCUUUAAAAAAAUUACUUUAUACUUAUAUCUGUAUUUACUUUUUAAAAUAAUUUUUACAUUUACCUUAUAUUGCCAUGAUCCAUUUAGAAAAAAAAACAAUUUUAUAACCGUUGUGCAUUUUAUUUUUCCUGGAGGGUGUUUUUAAAUAAAAAUAAUUUUUCACUUUGCAAUGUAAGCUCCACUAUUAUUUUGUAUAACUUUAAUAAAAAAAAGUAAUGGAAGUAGAAUUUUAUCAUAGAAAUAUGGUGUCUCUUCUAUAUAUGUGUUUAGGAAAACCUCAGAUGCUUAGGAUAUGUACCAUAUUUAUAUGUUAAAUUUCCCGUAAAUGGUAUAGGUAUAAAUUUUCUAAAUUCACAUUAAGAAAUGAUCAGAAAUUUUUUUUAUAAAUAUGGACUCGGUAUGAAAGUUUGAGUUUUUUUUUGUGGGAUUUUAAGGCAUGCUUGAAUUUUUUUCUCGGCUACAGUUUGUAACUUUUCAGUUAGUUUUAAAACUCAUCAGAACAUGUUCAAAUACAUAGUAUGUAAAUAAUGUAUUAUAAUAAUAUUAAUAUUCAUGUUAUACAUAGUAGCAUGCCCUGCUUCUCUCAUAAAAUUAAUGUUUGUAUAGUAUUUAAUCAUACUGAGAUUGUAGUAUUUAUAGUCAUGUCUGGAUAGAUUUUUUUAAGAUGUGUUCAAGACUGCCUUAUUUCUCAAGUUUUUUAAUCUGCAAUUUUACAUGUAUCUCAUUCCAUUUGACUUCAUUAAGCUGUUUUUUAGAUCGCGGAAAGUAAACGGAUGUAGGAGUGUUUUUACAAACGCCCAGCGAUUUUACUUAAAACCUAAACUAAUAGCUAGAGACAUGCAAAAUUCGCGGAUUCAUUUCGUGAUUGGCUAGCAUCAAAACUACUAUACCUUCGUACCGCUUCUGCGAUUGGCCCACAUUUUAUCCGGGGAACUGUGAGCCAAUGGGAAAUACUAAACCAAGAAAGUGCCGAAUUACGGAUAGCCUAGUUGAGACGUCUCACGCGUCAGUAGCCAAUGAACAGGUAUCAUUUCCGCGAGUAUUUAAAGGACUGUGGAGUCUAUCCUAGAGGUCAAUGAAUCCGCGAAUUUUGAAGGUCUCUACUAAUAGCCUACACCUUGUCUGAUGGGAUGUACCGUAAAACGGGGUUACUUUGACUUUAAGGGUAACUUUGACAGUUUUUGGGGCUACUUUAACAGAGUGCCAAAAUAAGGUGUAAACGUGUGCGGAGCGAAUUCUCGUGACUUGUGAGGCAGAAAGGGAGUGCUGUGUGUGCUGGGAAUGGGUUACUGCGGGGAGUGGGGAAGUGGGACGAGUUGUUGGUGGGGGAAGUGGGACAUGUUGCGGUGGGGGUAGCUUGGUGAGGGGGGCGUGGUAAGGGGGGCGCGUGUGUUGUGUUGCGAUCACCUGACUCACCGACUAGUCCGAGCGUGUUCGUCGUUAGUGUUUGUAGUGUGGUGCGUAAAUACGUCUUAGUUCAGUUUGGAUGCUUAGUUUUCGGUAAGUUUAUAGUAUUAUUUACGUAAUCAUAUAUAGUUUUUUGGUAGAUUAAGAUAUAAAUGUGUGCAUAUGUGAUUUAAUCGGUGGUAGGUAUAUAAGGUUUUUCUAUUUGUUAUAGGUUAACCUUGUGUUUAUUUGCAUUACAGAUGAGUCACAAUGGUGCGAACUUAUAAAAGAAAACUCGGUGCCCGAAACUAUAGACAUUAUAGUGAUGAAGACCUUGCUAAAGCUGUUGCAGAAGUGAGAGCGGGGACACUUACUCAGGCAGGUGCUGCCAAGAAAUACAAAAUUAAUAGGACCACAAUUCUUAACAGGAUCCAUCACAAGCACGAAGGAAAGCCAGGCCACCCCACUGUUUUGACACCUCAGAGUGAAAAAUUAAUAGCAGAUACCUUGUGUGUACUAGCAGACUGGGGGUUUCCUUUCACAAAAGCUGACAUUCGAACAAUCGUUCAAAUGAUUAUCAACAGGGAAGGUAGAGUUGUAAAACAGUGGAAAGACAAUUUGCCAGGCUAUGACUUUGUGAACGAAUUUGCAGCUCGGAACAACCUCACGCAGAGACUGGCCACAAACAUCAAAACUUCAAGGGCAUCAGUGGGUCCUAACGAGAUAAAAGAGUUUUUCGAGAAUCUGAGACCAGCUUUAGAGGAGACACGUCCCGCUCUCAUUUAUAAUUAUGAUGAGACAAAUAUUACAGACGACCCGGGUGCGAUAAAAGUCCUAGUACGCCGAGGGCACAAACGUGUGGAAAGAGUCCAGGAGCAUUCAAAAUCAUCUAUCAGCAUCAUGUUCUGUGGCACAGCAGAAGGACAUUUGAUUCCUCCCAUGGUUGUCUACAAAUCGAAGCACCUUUACGACAACUGGACACUGGGUGGGCCACCUGAAACUAUUUACAGGAACAGCAGCAGCGGCUGGUUUGAUAUGAACCUCUUCGAAGUAUGGUUCUUCAAAAUAUUGCUACCGCACAUCAAGGAACACAGAGAAGAAAAUGAAAAAGUCGUUGUCAUUGGUGACAAUUUGGCGUCUCAUUUUUCACCUGAAGUCAUCAAAACUGCACUAGAAAACAACAUUUAUUUUACAACUCUGAUCCCUAACUCGACGCACAUGAUGCAACCACUGGAUGUGGGUAUCUAUGGACCAUUAAAGAAACAAUGGCGGAAGGUUCUGGAUAGCUGGAGAAAAGAAUCAAGAACACGGGGCGCCAUCCCAAAGCCACAGUUUCCCAUGCUGCUAAAGAGAUUGAUGGAUGCAUUGGCUCCUAAUAUAAAAAAAAAUCUACAGAGCUCCUUCAGAACUACAGGUCUUUGCCCUUUUGAUCCGGAAGCCGUUUUGAAAAAGCUUCCAGCAGAUCGCUCAGAAGAGUCUGGACGUGUCCUCGACAGCAGUCUGCUGGAGUUUUUAAAAGAGACAAGGGGCUACAACUCUGAAAGAAUUCGACACAGAAGAGGAAAGAAAGUCGUUCAUAAACCAGGUACACAGAUCUCUAUAACAACCCAAGAUGUCCCAGCAUUCGAUGAUGCUCCAGAAAUGGAAAAUGAUGUCUCAGUUGAAACUGUCUCAGCUAUCGAGGAUGACCCGACCUUCACAUCAAUUCCCUCAACAUCUCGGGUUCUGCCUGAGACUGACCAGACUUCUUCAGAUGAAGGUGUUCCUCUAAGUGAUUUGUCUCGUAAGAUGGAAAUAACGGGCAAAAAGAAGCGCAAUAAGAAAGGCAAGAACAAGGACAACCUCUGUUACAUUUGUAAGUGUGACUUCAGAUUCUACCACCAUGCUGCUGACUGGAUUUGCUGCAUCACUUGCAACAAAUGGAUUUGUGGCAUGUGUAACAAAGGCUCAACCAAUCCUGCCUAUGAAUGUAUGGAGUGCGAAGAUACGGAUUAAUAAUUAAUUUUAGCUUUUUAUAUUGACAAAUUUGUUACGUUUAUUACUAAAGUUGAUUGUAAUAAUGCUUAUGUUAAUUAUGAUUUCAAAGAUAAUUGCAAGACUGAUUAUGUGCCUAUAAUUGUAACCUAAGUGUUUGGUAUUAUUGUGUUAAAUAAGUCUUUAAUAAAAAUGAUAAAUUGUUUUAAAAAACUCGUUUUUACUUUUUAUUUUUGUGUAUAAUGUAUAAAAUAUUAAUAUUUGUUUAUCUAAAUAAUGUCAAAGAAACCUUUACGCUUUAGAUCUUUGACAUCAGUGGCAUUUAAAUGCCUUGUCAAAGUAACCCCACACUCGGGGUAACUUUGACACUUUUUUAAAAAUAUAAAUAAAAUUUUGGGGGACUAGUGGGGAGUAAUAUUGAUAUGAAUUGGAUAGCCAAUGAACACAUUGUUCUGUUGGAUCAAAUAUAUAAUUAAUUUUGGAUGUUAAAAAAAUGUAACCACCAAAAAACCUCCAAAACAUGUCAAAGUAGCCCCGUUUUACGGUACUCUUAGCUGUCACCGUGUAUUUUGAAACACAAAAUAAGAAUGGCACAUAUAUCUUUUAACAUAUCUGUGGAUGGAAAAAAAAUAACUUUACUCAUCUUUACUCUUCACUUUACUAACUCUUAACAUUGGUAGCAAAUUCUAAUAAUUCCUAUUAUUGAUUGUAAAUUUAAGUACGAAAAACUUUGAGUAAAUUAUGAGCAGUAAACACUAGAUUCUUUAGUUGGCAAACAGGGACAUUGGAUUUGUUGUAACCGAUUUUGCCUACAACUCUCCAAGUUAUCUGAUGUUUUUUUUAAAAUUAAGUUCUAUGUUUUAAUCUUGCAAGUUUUAAUAAAUAAGUUGAAAUUUUGACAUUGGAACGAAAUUUUUUUCUUCAAAAUCUGAUAUUCUCAGUUAAGAUAAUAUUUUCUAAUAUAUUGCGAAUUUGAUACAUAGUUGCAAAUAUUGUAUUUUUAGCUCAUGCAUUGUGAACAACACAGUUGCAUACUAUGCAGGUGUGCUCCAAUUAUUUUAUGCGGAACAAAUCCAAGGAGUGUGAAUCUUGGCUGGAAGAUGACGGUGUCCACUGAUGUGACGAUGAUGGCAGUGGUGUCUAUCGUAGACCACCACUGAUGUGACGAUGAUGGCGGUUGUGUCUAUCGUAGACCACUGCUGUGAAGAUGCUGAUGUUGGUACAUCCUGAAUAGGUGGGUGGAUAAAUUGCGUGUGGGUAUUUAAUUUGUUUGUAGUGACAGUGAACGUUGAUAGUUCUGUGCCCUUUAAAUGACAUUGAGCAAAUGAAUUUUAAUCGUAAGUAUAGGAUACUUUUUUUUAAUUCACUCUAUAAUGAUAAGCAUAAUAAUUUAUCAUCUUCUUUUGUUAGAUGCCUUCUUCUAGUAAACAAGUGCUUUGCCUUUUCGUCUUACUUCAGAGCUGAAGGUUUAAUAGAUCUCUAACAGAAAAAAAAAUUGAAUAGUCUAAUUUCCAUAGUUGAGUCUCAUGUUUUUUUCUCUGCGGUCAUCGUCAGUAUUUUUCGCAUUUUCUUUUAUAGCACUUUGCAUUGUUUUUUUUUUUUGCCGUAAACUUUGUCACGAUAUUUACUAAACUUUAUUUGCGAACUAUAAAAUGUUACGCAAGUGACUCGGCGCCGAUGUUUUUCUAUUUUUAUUUUACUCGUUUGUCUAGUGUUCUUUUUUUAAAAUAUGAACAUUAAUGGGAAAAGGAAACUUGAAAUUGUAUUUGCAUGCAAAUUAAAGUGCUGGGCAAUAACAAAUUUAAAUUCAUGAUUAGGAAUUUAAAAAAAAAAUUAUUUCCACGUAUAAAUUACAGCGAUUCCACCGGUAUUUGCUCGUAAGCAUUUAUAAAACUGACCGGAAGAUUAUUUAUUACUAAAGAAUGUGAACAUUUCUUAAGAUAAAUGAGCAAAACCAUCGUCGAAAUUUAAGUGCCAGGUUGGCUUGAGAUUUUGUUUUGACAGAGAUUUUUUUUUUUUAAUUUUCCCGGUGGAGGGUUUCCAUAAAAUUAAAAAGCCCAGGGCCCCGCAGAGUCUAGUUCCGCCACUGUGAUUACUUGAUUUGUAUAUGAUGAACCAAUUGGCAACGAAACAUGAAACGCAAGAAACAUGUCGUAAUGCAUUUGCAGGAAUAGCAUUUUUGUAAAAGUAAUGUCAAGAAAGUGAGAUAGCCGGCAUUGCAUGUGAGACGCUUUUAGACUUAAACACAUUCCAUAAAGGACGACUGUCAGCGGAUUGCAGUUCAUUUUUCGCUCGGUCUUGCAGAUACUGCGGGGAAUUGAUUGAUCACAUAUUAUUCACCAUAGAACAAGGGAGAAAAUAGAAGUGCGACUCCUACAGAGGAAACUGGGACCUUGUUUUACGCGACAUGUGAUGCUAUCUGUUAGGUUGGCUCAUAACUACUUGCAAAAAAUAAAAAAUAAACUCUUGACAGGAGGUUUAAAUAAUUUUAUAAUGAUAAUUUAACAAUUUGACGACUAAUUGUUUAGUAGAAGAAAUUUAAACAUUUGAAAAACACCACUGAAUAGAAUACAGUUUUUUUUAAUAAGUCACGUUCUAUAUAAAUUAGUCGGAGAAGCAGUAUUUCUGGUAUGCCACACCACAAAAUAUAUGGCUACCAAAAUUAAGUGAAUUAAUUUUCACUGGUUUGUUUGUCUGAUAAUAGCUGACGCAUUACUUCUCAAAAUCAAUGUAGCCAUGUUAGUUUUUUAAGUAGUUUUGGACCCAGAAAAUAUUACUAUGUCUCAGUCUCAGCAAUUAGAGUUUCUCCCCCAUGAGUUCAACUGCAAGCCCGUUUUUAAAUCUGGUGGAAGAGUUACUUCAUUUUUGGGUGUGAUAAUUGUGAUUUCUUUUGGUUUUAGAAUGGAGGUAUUGGUCUUUGGAGAAGGUGUCUGUUCUGAAGUUGAAGUCAACUGGUUAGCAAUUGGAUAGCAAAACAAAACAUAGUUGUGUAAAGUCUAAUAUGCUAUGAAUAGGUUUAAUAGCUUGAAAAGAACUCACUUGGAAGAAUCUUAAAUAUGCCAUUAUGUAGUGAAUAUUGCUAAACAAAUUUAAUACCAAGACAUUUGCAAGAAAUUAGCGCUGAACUUCAUUAUGACCAAAAAUUGUUUUGCUAUGCAGGUAGGAAAGGGUGGUGAGGGGUCGUUCUGAUUUUGACUUCAAGCAUUAACAUGGCAAAGAUUGUACACACCAACUCCUUUACUGCUUACCUCCAUUGGUGUUGGGUGUUUUUUUGUUUUGUUUUGAGAAGUGUACAGUGUUAGAAGUGUACAAUGUUUGUUUACAUUUAUAUGAAUCAUAUUUGUUUAGUGUGUUAACGUUUAGCUACUUUAUAAACACGUGCACUUAUAAAUUUAUGUUAAAAAAUAUCCGAAUGUUUAGGAUGAUUAAUUAAAAAAAACUGAAAAUUAUAUGUAAUAAUAAAUUUUUACCAUUCCCCUGUUACACUUUGUUGAUUAUAUUUUUUAACAAGUGAAUUCUUUAAAAAAACUUUUGAAAUAAAUAUCAGAUAUUUAGUUAUAAUCCUUUGUUAGUUAUAUCUUUAUGUGUUUUGUUGAGAAACUUAACUAAAACAUACUUUCAAUAUUUUUUACAUGGAAUAUAUUUUGCAUGUGGAACAGUUUUUUAUAUUGAAUUUGGUUAGUAUGAUUUUUGUAUAUUAAGUGUAUGCAUAAAUUUUGUAUGUAUAUUAUUCAAAACAAUUCAAAAUUAAUUUGUAUUUUAGUAAUUCAUAAGAAGUCAUUUUACUGUUUUUGGUACCUUUUUUGUAUAACUUUUUUUAUUAUAAGACAUAAUAUAUUGUGUGUGUGUGUCACGAUGAGAUUUAAAAGGCAAGUAAAACUAUUUGCAUUGCCUAUAAAACUGUCAUUCCGAGAGUUACCGAAAUUGUCGUUGAAAAAAUAUAAAUAAUUUGAAAUAU